UAGACCAACUCAACAUCAAAAAUAUAUUAAAUUACUAGAUUCAACAGAUAAUGACUUGAAUAAUUCAUAUGAAAAAAUAUUUGUUAAGAAUACAAAUAAUGAAUUGCUUGAAAAUUACUCAAAUAUUAAGGAAACUGAUAGCGAAACAGAUAAUGAAAUAGAUAGUGAAAAUAAAUGA